CAUAAUUCACUGUUAUAAUAUGAAGUUUGUGUUUCAAUUUUUUGUUUUCUUGCUUUUUUUCCUAAACCAUGUUGAAUCACUUUUCUUUAAUUUCACUGGUUUCGACCAAGAUAGUUCUCGAAAUAUUACCUGCAAGAAUGAUACACAUUUUGAAGAUGGAGUGAUUCAGAUGACGAAGAGUACAGUGGGUUCUAAUCUUCAAGCAAGUGUAGGGCGAGCAUCCUAUAAUCAGCCUGUUCGUCUCUGGGAUAAAAAAACCAGCAAGAAAACAGACUUUACCACCCACUUUUCAUUCCAAAUUAAACCAGCAGACAACACUAGUCAUUUUGGUGAUGGUAUGACUUUUUUCACAGCGCCUUUUGAUGAUUCUACAGAGUAUGCUCCAGAGACUUCAUAUGGUCGGUGUCUUGGUUUGGUUGUUGCUGUCAAUGUUACAAGUAAAUAUCGAUUUGUUGCUGUCGAAUUUGACACCUUCAAGAAUUGGUAUGAUCUGCCUGGUGAUCAUUUGGGAAUUGAUGAUACUUCGGUAGUUUCCCAGGUUGAUGUUACAGUGGAUGGGGGACUGAAAAACAGGUCUACAGCAAAUUCUUGGAUAACUUAUGAUUCUGUAACUAAGAACCUGAGUGUUUAUCUAACUUAUGAGGCUCAUCCUGUGUUUAACGGGGAAUCUAGCCUGUCGCAUAUCAUUGACUUAAGCUCCAUUCUUCCUGAAACAGUCAGAGUUGGGUUCACGUCUUCAACUGGUACAUAUGUUGAACUUCAUAGCAUCCUUUCUUGGGACUUCAACUCAACCUUAGAAGAUACCGAUAUCAAUGUACCAUGGCAAAAUCACACAACUGUGACAAGCAGCCACAGCAGUAGCAAAGCAGCAAUGAUUGGUGGCCUUGUAGCCGGAAUCAGUGUCUUAAUAAUUGGUUCAGGAUCAGCUAUGUUUAUGUGGGGGCGGAGGAGAUCAAGGGGAAGUAACGGUAACAUGAAUUUUGACCAGGAUACUGGGCCAAGGAGGUUCACUUACAAUGAACUUAUUCGUGCCACUAGCAACUUUCUCGAGGAAAGGAAGUUAGGGCAGGGAGGUUUUGGAGGCGUGUAUAAAGGUUUUUUGUCUGAUAUAAGCCAGAUUAUUGCAGUCAAGAAGAUAUCAAAGGGGUCUAAACAGGGGGAAAGGGAGUAUGUAUCAGAGGUGAAGGUUAUCAGUCGUCUAAGGCAUAAAAAUUUGGUUCAACUUCUUGGUUGGUGCCAUGAGAAAAAGGAAUUGCUUCUAGUUUAUGAAUUUAUGCCUAAUGGAAGUCUUGACUCCCAUAUUUUUGCAGGCAAGAGGACAACGGUCUUACCAUGGGCAGACAGGUACAAAAUUGCAUAUGGCUUGGCAUCUGCCUUGCUAUACCUCCACGAAGAAUGGGAGCAAUGUGUGCUGCAUAGGGAUAUCAAGUCUAGCAAUGUCAUGCUUGAUUCUAAUUUCAAUGCUAAGCUUGGAGAUUUUGGGCUUGCUAGGCUCGUUGACCAUAAUCGAGGAUCACAAACAACUGUAUUGGCAUAA